AUGUUCGGCAAGCCCAGAAUUGUUUGCGCAUUGAUAUUCCCAGCACUGUCACUGGCUGGACUCGCCAGUGAAACUGCGUUACAUUUCUCCAGUGAAUGCAAGAAGCAAGGAUUUAUUGCAAAUGGGGGCCUUAUUUAUACCAAGAAAACAGAAACUCAUGUGCCGCAUUCUUCUCCUCUCUCCAUCUUCUCCUCUCCAUCUUCAUCUUCAUCUCAGUCUUCGGAUCCCAAAGCGUUGGCAUCAUCAACAACUUCUGGAGUGGAUAUCCAAUACCUGCCUACCAAGCUCGAGACGACCCGCUAA